UGGCGGCUUACGACCGGCGGCCUUCCCUCUUUUUGCUUUGCUCUUGCGUCUGAUGUUGAUGCUGUUCACGCAUGUUGUUAUUGUCUAAAAUUUUAAACAAUUUUGCAAUCAUUGCCCUGAUUAUCAACGUCUCGAUCUUCUCGUUGUAUGCCCUGCAGGAGCAGUCCCUCUGAAAAUUUUUUUUACAGGAUUAAACAGAAUUUGAAAUGGCCUUGAAUCUGGGCGGAGGUGCAGGAAAGCCUGGAGGUUUUACGUUUGGUCAGCCUGCAGCAACGACAACUGCAGCGACUUCAAGCACUACCUCCUUAUCAGGCGGAGGAUUCUCAUUUGGCAAUCUUGCCGCCCCUGCCGCUUCGGCGGCCCCCACAGCCACAGGAACAUUAGGAUCUGGAUUUGCGCUGAACACUUCCACGCCCAACAAACCACCCCUGAUCGGCGGAGGUCUCACUUUUGGCACCACUCAGGCUGCAGCUCUAAAUCUAGGCGCUACCCCGAGCCUGGCUACAACCCCUAACCAGGGUGCUGCCCUUAGCCAGAGUGUCGCCCCCACCCCUGCAACUGGAGCCCAGAGUUUCUCAUUUGGUGGUUCUGCCAACUUGACAUCUGGGACGAGCACUUUUGCCACCCCUGCUACAACUGGAAUAGCUUCCUUAGGGGUCAACCCAUCCCCAGCCUAUGCUACACCUACCCUCAAUCUUCUUGCCAAGCCUGCCACUCAAUCACCAGCAGCCUCCACAGCAGCCAGCACAGCUUCGACUUUGGGCGGAACAAUGUUUGCAACCAAAACAACUCAAGAUCAGACGGCCAUUGCAACUGCACUUACUUCAUCCACAGCUGCUUCCAGCACAAGCACAUUGCCCAAGCUCACAUACGCAAAGCUGGAGGAGGAAAUCAACAAAUGGAGUUACCAACUGGAAGAGCAGGAAAAUAUUUUUAUCCAUCAAGCCACUCAAGUCAAUGCCUGGGAUCGACUCUUGCUCGAAAGUGGAGACAAGAUUGCCCUUCUGAACUCAACCAUUGAAUCAUUGAAAGUGGAGCAGCAGAAAUUAAAUCUUGAGCUGGAUUACAUAGCUAGCCAGGAGCGUGAGCUCGAGGACAGUAUUGCGCCGAUUGAAUCUUUUGUAGCUAAUUUGCAACUGUCUGAUCCAGAGAGAACUCAGACCUAUGAAAUGGUGGAAAAUCUUGAUGGCCAAACUCAACAGAUGGCGAAUGAUUUGAAGAAGAUCAUUUCCCACCUCAACAUCAUCAACAAGGAACAAGACGAGAACAACCCGAUUGCACAAGUUGGACGCAUCUUGAAUGCUCACAUGAACUCGCUGAUUUGGAUUCAUCAGACUUCAACCUCGAGCCAAAACGAAAUGGACGAGGCCUCUAAGAUAAUCAGCACACUUCAGAAAGAUAUUAUGGACCAUUCAAGCCUGCUCAAAAAGUAAUUUUUUAAUGUCGCAAUUUAAAAAUUUUAAAUGUUUGGUUUCCUAUCCACUGCGACAAAAAUUUCAUAUCGUCAGCUAUGCGGACAUAUGGCCACUCUCCUCCACUUCAUCCCAUUUAGUUCUAAACAAUAGACGUUAAGGAAGCCACCUCAGAUUGGCCAUUUGUCCGCGAAGUCGACAAUAUUUUCAUGUCCUCAAUUACUGAAUAAAAGUUUUAAUAAAUUAAAU